AUGAAGCAAUUUUGGGAUGGAAAGAAAGUUGCUGUGAAGAAACCCAUCUUGUCUACUUCUGAGGAUCUUGAUAAGUUCCACAAGGAGUUGCAAUUGCUAUGUAAGCUUGAUCAUCCGGGAAUAGCAAAACUGGUUGCCGCACAUGCAAAGCCACCCAAUUACAUGUAUUUCUUCGAAUUCUUUGAGCCUCCGAACUUAUCUGAGAAAUUACACAUGGAAGAAUGGAGUCCGAAUAUCAAUCAGGGUGCUUGCGCAAAGGCUUUGCAAUAUCUGCAUCACCUCGGGAUUGUACAUAGGGAUGUGAAACCGGCAAAUAUUCUUCUGGACAAAGAUCUUUAUCCACACUUAGCAGACUUUGGUUUGGCUGAGUACAAGAAAGAUCUUAAAGGAGUUUCUAUUGGGAAUUGGAGGUCAUCUGGAAAACCUACUGGUGGUUUCCACAAAAAAAACAUGGUUGGCACUCUCAUUUACAUGGCACCUGAAAUACUAAAGAAGGAAAUACAUACAGAAAAAUCAGAUGUCUACAGCUUUGGUAUAUCAAUUAAUGAGCUUCUUACUGGUGUUGUUCCAUAUACUGAUCUUCGUGCGGAAGCCCAGGCACACACUGUACUGGAGAUGAACUACACUGAGCAGCAACUAACAGCAGCUGUGGUGUCUGAUGGAUUGCGACCUGUUCUUGCUGGUCCUGAAUCUGGUGCACCAUCUACUUUGUUGUCACUGAUAGAGAGGUGUUGGGAUGCAAAUUCUCAAAACAGACCUUCUUUUGAUGACAUAGUUGCAGAACUUGGUACAAUUUUGGAACAGGGAGAAAAUAUGAAAGAAUCAGAUAUUUUCUUUCCCAAAUCUUCUAAUUCUCUUGGUGAUCAGCCGGUUUAUGUUGCUAGCAGCCUUCAAGCUUACCAAGAGGGUAUUAACUGGUUUUCUCAGGGAGAAAAUUUCAUCACAAGAGCUUGUCUACCUAAACCUGGUACAGCAAUCUGGCUUGCAUCAAAUGAUCCCUUGGCAUAUAAUCCAAUACUUUCUUGGGGAUCCUUUGCUACAUGUGGGAGACGGGAGACCAUGGAGGACACUCAUUUCCUUUUGCCCCAAAUGUUUCAUCAAGGGGACAUACAUGCUUUUGGUAUCUUUGAUGGUCAUAGAGGUGCAGCAGCUGCCGAAUUUUCAGCUCGAGCGUUUCCAGGAUUCUUGCAAGCUUUAAGUUCAACUAGCAGUCCAAGUGGUGCAUUAUUUGAAGCAUUCAUUAAGACAGAUAUUGCGUUUAGAGCUGAGCUGGAUUUUUCUCGUAAAUCCAAGAGAGUUAUCCAGAAGGACUGGCAUCCCGGUUGCACUGCAGCAGCUGCUCUUAUUGUUGGAAACAAGCUUUUUGUGGCUAAUGCUGGUGAUUGCAGGACCAUAUUGUGUCGGGCUGGCCAUCCCUUUGUUCUAAGCAAGGAUCAUGUUGCAAGCUGUCUUGAGGAGAGGGAGCGGGUUAUUAGUGCUGGGGAACAAGUUAGAUGGCAAGUAGAUAAUUGGCGGGUGGGUCUUGCUGCUCUUCAGGUCACUCGUUCCAUAGGGGAUGAUGAUCUAAAGCCUGCUGUAACUGCAGAACCUGAGAUAACUGAAACUAUUCUUUCGGCAGAGGAUGAGUAUUUGGCAUACAUGCUUCUUGAAUAUUCCCCUCUACAAUUAUCACUGGUAAGAAUAAGACUGUUCAUUUAUAAGUUUAUGUGUGAUACCAUGAUGGAAUCUUGGAGGCCAUACACAUGUAUGGCAAGUGAUGGAUUGUGGGAUGUUGUGAGCAAUGCAGAGGUUGUAAGCAUAAUCAAGGACACUGUGAAAGAGCCUGGAAUGUGCUCCAAGAGAUUGGCGACAGAAGCAGCAGAGCGUGGCAGCAAAGACAACAUCACAGUCAUUGUUGUCUUCCUUCGUCCCGUCUCCACAGCUGAGAGAAUUUACUAG